AAGGUUAACCUUUGAAUCAAGGCAUCUUGAAUCAACAUUCAACAUCCCUCUGUCUGUGUUUUUGUUUCACACGCGUGCACGUACACACACAAAAAUCAAGAUGGAGGGAUCCAAACGUAUGUUUUCAACUGUCUUCAUCCUCGUCCUGCUCCUUGUGGCUAUUGGGACGGGUCCAAUGGUUGCUGAGGGCAAGGUCGAAACAAAGGAGACGUCGAGGACUUGUGAGUCUUUGAGCACGAAAUUCAAGGGACCUUGCUUCCGAUCAAGCAACUGUGCAAAUAUUUGCGAAAAAGAAGGCUUCAAGGGAGGCAAAUGUGUUGGCUUCAGGCUGAGAUGUACGUGCACUAAGAAAUGUUAGUGAUAUAACACACUAAGUUAUUUUGGUGCAUGGGAUUGAGGUGAAUGAAAAUUUAUGGCCCUUUUUUUCUUUUUUAUAAGAGAAUAAAUGACUAACCCUAAUAUAAA